AUGAAUUAUCAGAUUUUCAAACUUUUGCAUGCAAUACGUCAACGUUCUUUUAAAAGACCAAGUUCGGCAACGAGCAUUCGCUCAUUAAGUACCUCUACAAUAAUACAACCCGAAUCACGGUUUUACGGUCAACCGACGGCGGAAACUCAUCCACAUUUAAUGAAGCCCGGUGAAACAACACCCGGGAUAUCAGCCGUCGAGUAUGAGUUACGAAGAACAAAGCUAAUGAAUAAGCUUCCGGAAAAUAGUGUUGCCAUAUCAUUGGGAUAUCGAACAAGAUACAUGUCAAACAAAGUAUUGUUCGUAUAUUAUAGUUUUAAUGAACCAGACGCGGCUAUGGUCUUAGAAAAGAAUAACAGUCAAAGGGGUUAUAAAAUGACAAUGUUUGUACCGCCAAAAAAUCGAAGUGUAGAAAUCUGGGAUGGCCCUAGAACAGGUCUGUUAGGUGCCGUAUAUAUAUUUGGUGCAGACGAGGCUAUGGAAUCGUCUAGAUUCAAUUCAAAAAUUAAAGAAAUCGCAAAGAAUUACAAAGACGUGUACAUUGACCUCCCUCCACGAACAAACAUUCUUUCAAGUGAAAGUAUUUCGAAGAGCAUUAGCCGAACUCAUGGUAUUCCUUCGUUAUAUACACUUUCUUGCGGGUUUAAAUGUAUUCGAGAUUAUCUCGAUAGAUUAAUUCGCCCUCAUCGUCUCUCUGUCUCUAAUAUUUUUGGUUUUCAAGUGAAACCAUUGAGUCGUAUAGUUCAAGAAUUGAGAAUUAUCAAGAGCGAUGCCGAAAUUUCAUUAAUGAAGAAGGGUGGACAGAUAACCGGCAAAGCAUUCAUAGAGACAAUGAACUUUACAAAACCCGGUUUGUCUGAACAUGACUUAUCCGCCAAAGUUGAGUUUGAAUGCCGGAUUCGUGGAGCGCAGUAUCUUGCAUACGUCCCGGUAGUUGCUGGAGGUAUUAAUGCCUUAACGAUGCAUUAUGUAAGAAAUGAUAUGCCUUUGCGCAACGGUGAUUUGAUAUUAAUGGACGCGGGUGGAGAAUACCAUGGAUAUGCUAGUGAUGUUACGCGAACUUGGCCAAUAAAUGGUAAAUUUUCGCCACCUCAACGCGAACUUUAUGAGGCCGUGCUGAAUGUCAAUAGAAAAUGUAUAAAGCUUUGUACCGAAAAGCAAAACAUUUCAUUAAAUGGUGUACACGAGCAAUCUGUCCAAUUCAUGAAAGAGGAACUAUCAAAUCUUGGAUUCAAUCUUGUAGAAGGGGACGUGGAUCGAGUAUUAUAUCCUCACCAUGUUGGACAUUAUCUUGGAUUAGAUGUUCACGAUACGCAUGACUUGGAUCGUUCACGAUCACUGAAAAGUGGAAUGGUGUUAACUAUAGAACCUGGAAUUUAUAUUCCCCCUAAUAAUGCUUACCCAAAGCAAUAUCAUAGUAUUGGAGUUCGUAUAGAGGAUGAUGUGUUAGUUGGUGAAACGGAUCCAUAUGUAUUAAGUUCAACAGCGCCAAAAGAAAUCGAUGAUAUUGAAUAUUGUAUGGAAAACUAA